UAUAAAAGCGCUGGCCAAGAACUAGCUCAGUAUCAGUUCGAAUUCAAAGUCAAGCUUAUUGGAAGUCAUCGUUAGUCAACUAAUUAACAAUGAGAUCUGCGGUUCUUUUUGGCCUGAUUGCCUGCCUGGCUUUCAGCCUGGUUAUGGCACUCGAGGACUCUCCCCGGCAGUCCAACGAUCUGUCCUCUCUGGAGCAGGAAAUCGGUCAGGCGGUGGAUACUCAGGAGCGUUCUAAGCGGCAGAUUGGCUUCGGCGGACCCUUCUACGGCGGUGGAGGACCCUUCUACGGCGGUGGCUUCGGACGUCCCUAUGGAGGAUACGGCGGCUUCGGACGUCCCUAUGGAGGAUACGGCGGAUAUGGAGGCUAUGGCGGAUACGGUGGAUAUGGCGGUGGAUUCAGACGUCAUCACCAUGGAGGAUUCUACGGCUAAGAAAUGAAUGACAAAAGACACUGCUACCAAUAAACGAAAAACUAAGAUGAACCUAAUACAAAA